AUGGCUGACAAAGUUAAAAAGUAUUUUGAUCCAUUGAAAAGUAAAGUGAAAUCAUCCUAUAGCAACAGUCCACUUGGUCUUGGGUUUGAUCUAAUUGAAGCAAAGACCAGUGUUGACUCUGCAAUUAUUGCUAUUGCUCUAUGUAGUAUUCUUGCCAUCUAUCUGGUAUUUGGCUGGUGCAACGAUUUUUUAUGUAACUUCAUCGGAUUAAUCUAUGGAGCAUAUGUCUCGUCAAUGUCAAUUCUAUUAUCGGACACGUCCAAUCAAAAACAACUGUUAAUGUAUUGGAUUAUUUAUUCAACACUUGGUUGUAUUGAAUAUAUCCUGCACCGUCUGUGCGAUUUCUUAGUAUUAUAUUGGCUUGGCAAAUGUGUUUUUCUCAUUCGGUUUCUUCAAUCUGGAUCAUCUUCAUCUGAAAAGAGUUCUGAACGAGAGCUGGCCGACUUUCUUACAAAUCUAGAACCAGAACGACAAGAACAACAAGAAUCGAACAACGACUCUUCAGAUAACCCGGUUGACUUGGAAGAAAUUAUUGCUAAAAAUGGAAAUUCACCGACGCUGAAUUUAGCAUUAAAAGGAAUUACUGACCAAAACAUAAUGAUUGUGGCUAACACAUUACGAAACAAUACAACACUUACCACACUUGAUCUGAGCGCCACUGGUAUUGAGGACGAAGCGGCUCAACAUUUGGGCAAUCUUUUACGAAAGAACGCAACACUUACCACACUUCAGCUUUUUAACAAUACAAUUGGAGUCGAAGGAGCCAAACAUCUUGCUAAUGGUUUACGAGCAAACACAACGCUGGCUUCGAUUGAUCUCGGAUUGAAUAAAAUCGGAGAGAAAGGAACAGAACAUCUGGCAGAUGCUUUACGACACAACAUAGGUCUUAGAGAACUCUACAUUCAAGCUAAUGAAAUAGGAGAUAAUGGGGUUCAACAUCUGGCUGAUGCUUUACAACAUAACAUAAGACUCAUCACACUUGGUAUUUUUAACAAUCAAAUUGAAGAGAAUGGGAUUCAAUAUUUAGCUGAUGCUUUACGUUACAAUAAUACACUCACGACAAUCGACCUUCGUGACAAUAAAAUCGGAAACCAAGGCGCCCGUCAUUUGGCUAAUGCUUUGAAAAAUAACAAGACACUAGCCAAUCUUCGACUUGAUUCAGCUGAAAUUGGAGACGAGGGAGCUGAAUAUCUCGCUGAUGCUCUACAAAAUAACAUAACGCUCAUCACACUUAAUCUCGCAGUUAAUAAAUUAGGAGACAAGGGGAUCCGAUAUCUGAGCGCUGCUUUACAAAAAAAUACGACACUCACCUUACUAGACCUCGGAAGCAAUGAAAGAGCAGUCAACAUCGGCCAACAUUUGGCUGAUGCUCUACGAUAUAACACAACACUUACGACACUCGAACUCGGCUGGAAUAAAAUUGGAGAUACAGGAACUGAGUAUUUAGCUGAUGCUUUAUACGAAAAUACGACGCUUAGUAAACUCGACCUCCAGUACGGUAGUAUUGAAGAAAAAGGAGCUCGAUAUCUAGCUGAUGUUUUACGAAAGAACACGGGACUUAGAGAACUCAACCUUCAAGGCAAUCGAAUCGGAGACGAAGGAGUUCAAACUCUAGCUGAUGCUAUGAAAAAUAACAGGACGCUUACCAAACUUAUCCUCAGAUGGAACAAUAUCGGAGAAGAAGCUCAACAACGCGCCAUUGCAACUUUUAAGAAAAAUAUUGGAUUGGAAGUUGAGAUUGACUGA